GUUUGAUAUAUAUAUACAGUAUUAUAUUUUCGGAUACUCAUAUCUAUUGAUAAUUAAUAUUUAGCUUUGAGUUGGUUGUCAAUUAGAAAUAUACAUUUUCUUAACUGUUAACAUACAUACAUUAGAAAAUAUUAUCAAACACUUGCACAAAUAUUAUAUUUUACGCAAAUAUUAUAUUUUUCUAAGAAUUUUGCUUAGAAAUAAAACAGAAACGCAAAAGUUGAUUACAUCGUAGGAAAUAUUAAUAAAAAAAAAAAAAAUAAAAAAAUUAAAAAUAAAAAAAAAACAUAUAGAAGAAGAAAAAAAGAUAAUGGCAAAAGCUACUAAGAAAGUGAACAAAAUGGCGUCCUUUAGGCCGUACGAUAACUACUACAUCGUUACACUAGAGGAACUUCAAGCACGUGAAUAUAAAUGUAUGCAACAAUUACUGGAAUUAAGAGCAUGUCUUAAUUACAUUAAUGUGGCUGAUAGGCAACAGAAGAGAUUGGAUGUUAAAGCAGAUUUGUUAGAAAAAUGGAAGGCCUAUGUUCAUUGUGAUCCAUUACCAAAACCCUAUUUGACACCCGACAUACGAGCAUUCUAUGAAAGAAAGAAAAUUUACGAAAAUAGAUCUGUUGAAAGGCAUAUCGAUUGGGCUCUACCUAUUGAUGAACGCAGUAUACUCAGUCAAGACGUUGCCAGAGUAGAUAAAACGCGUCACGCCGUAGAACAGCUACUAAAAGAAGAUUUUGGCCCGGAAUACGAUAAAAGCGUAAAUGAAUCAAUAAAAGUUAUACGAAGUAUUGAUAGUUACUUGGACAAUGACAGUGAAUCGCUGAAGGCUAAACGACAACUUCUAGAGGACAUUAUUGAAGUGAAGAAAAAUAUACAAAAAGAAAUAUGUGAUUCCUUUAAUCGCUACACCUACAGAAUUAUUUCUUCCGAAGAUGUUAAUAUGAAUCCAGUGAAUGCUUUAACUUUAGAGUAUAGUUUCGUUGGUGAAAAUUUUGCGAUUCAUUUAUGGUCAUUAAAAAAUGUACCGAUACGUUUUACUCAUAUACAGGAACCACGAAUGAUGGCAUAUUUGUAUAAGCUAAACCUAUCUAUGCAUAUUCCUUAUUCAAUGUUGCGUCAAGGUAUGACAAUACAAGCAAUUCACAUGAAUUUUGAUCACAUUAGCGAAUAUGCGAAAAGUUUUAAACAGGAAAUUGCCAUGUCCGUGAGAUUCCUAAACGCUGGCAUUCAAGAUUUAUCUGAAUGCUUAGUCAACGAAUUUAAGAUGCAACUUGAUAUUCAGAAGAGGGUUCGCCAAACAAUUAUGGAUAAAUAUCGAGAAUAUGAAGAAAAAGUACUUGCGUUAAAGCAAGCUGAGGAAGAAGCGGCAAAGAAUCGAAAAAAAAGUCCAAAAAAAAUUGUGACACCGAGCAAAAUGCCUAAAGCGCCGCAAUUUCUAGAAAAAGAUGAAUUUCCAGAUAUUUAUCCUGAUUUUCUUCUCGAAGAACAACAAGAAUUUGAACUCUUUAUAAAUACAUUUUAUAAUCCGAAAAUAUUUAAUUUAAGCUUCGAUGAGAUAAAUCUUAAAAAAUAUUGCAUUUUGGGAGGCGUAUAUCAAUUGAAUUUCGUGCAGAAACCGAGACAAGCGGCCUUCAAUUAUGCUGGCAUUAAUAUGACUUGGCAUACCGAGGAGCAUGAACUAAUGAUUGAAAAGCAUUUGUAUAUACCCGAGAAACACCUCUUACCCGGUAAACGUUCGCUACGGUAUUCUAUCAAUGAAGAACAAGCCAAAGCUGAGGCGAUAUCCACUGACACUGGCGUAUUAGCCGAGAAUAUUGAUCCGGAAAAUCCGUGGUUCGUAUUAACGUUUAAAUUGCCGGACUAUCUGUGUUAUUGGAGUGAACCAAUAGCCUGUCAAUAUGAAUUGAUAGAAGAAAUUAUCGAAAUUACAGAAGAAGCCAGAACAUCCGAAGGUGAAAUUCAGAGGCAAACAAAACUUUUUCACGACAGAGAUUCCGCAUUUGAGAAAAUUUUGGUCGAUGAUGUAAAUAUGGGAAGCAUUCUAGUAGCACGGGGUAUGUCUCUCGUACCAUCUAGAUCGAAUUAUUUUGCCCCCUCAGCUGCGAGUCUGCGCUUGUCGCUGAAGAAAGAGGAACAGCAACAUUAUGCAGACGAUGGCAUUCUUUAUCUUAAUGAUUUUAGCUUGAAGCGAAACUUUAACACUGCCCAAGUGCGUAACAUUGAGAGGCAUUGUGUGCCGCAUCUUUUGUCUUCAUAUAAAUUUCCAAAAGAAAUUAAAGAAGAGGAAAUCCAAGCCGCAUUACGCAGUCGACGCAGAGGUACAACUCUUCUUCCCCGCAAAAGGGACGACAUUGACGAACUCGAGGAAAAAUCGACCCGUUUGUUUACCUUCGACGAAAUGCAAACAAAUCCGGAACGUUUAUACAUGUUCUUUAAUAAAACCGAAGAUUUGUAUAUUGCCAAUCAUAUACGAGAGUUUCAAGGUCAUUUACCUUCGGAACCGGAAACGUUUUAUCAAUUAGUCAGAACGUUAACAUUAGUAAAACGACUUUUUCAAUUCAACAUACGUCAUAUAUUGGAAUUGGAACCGCACAAACCAAAAAUAGAUUUUCAAACCUAUCGACAAAGAAAACUUGAGAAACAGAGAAGGAAAGCAAAAAAACUAGACAAAGCCGAUAUAGGCACAGAUAAAAAGGAGCGUGGUCGAUCUACUAGGGCGGCGACUAUUAGACCUUCUGCUAGAGCGUCCUCUCGAGCUGUUAUGACUCGUGCACCUUCGAUUGCAUCAAGAAGUCCAGCUGCCAGAGCGUCUGUCCGAACAACUGUCAGAUCAUCCAUAAGGCAAGUUGCAAGACCAUCUACAAGAUCAUCGUCUAGAGGAUCGGUUAAACUUGCCGCCAGACGCAGGUCGUCGGUUUCCGUUCGAGCAUCUCGCAGGGGAACCAUUGGUGGCUUUACAACGCAGGCAACGGGAAAACCACGACGAGUAGAGAAACUCGCUGACUGGGAGGACACCUCAUCCAGUGAAGAGAGUAUUGAUAGAAAGGAUGCUAUCGCUAUCCAAAAAGAGGAAGAUACUCCAAAGACUAAGACUAUUACAUAUUCACACUGGACCACAAAAUAUAUCAAAAGGCAAAGUUUUGAUAAAGCACAAAAUAAAUACAUUAUCGAAACAGACCGAUUGGGUUAUAUAGGUUUUGCUUUUAGACGCUAUGAGCAUUUUCCAUUCAAAUAUUGGGACCUACAGCCUAGCGAAACAAACCCAGAAAAUGAGGUGGUUCUUACACUCGAUACCCAACAUGUGAGAUGUGUCUUAUAUAUAACUGGAGAAGGUAUACGUGGUCAUGUCACAGAUCCUAGUAAAAAAUUUAUACGCAAUCCGAAAAUGUAUUUGGUUAUUGAUGAACCGCUUAAGGAUUAUGGUGAAUUUAAGCGACGUUUUAAGGAAAAAAAUCUUAAUAUAUUUGCCGAGCAUGAUGCACGCUUUUAUAUAGAAAAUGGUUAUUUCUCGGAAAAGCAUUUAGCAAUGGAAUUGCAUACGUAUUGCUGUAUGGCACUUCAUAGCACUCAAAUGAAAUACGGUUUUAGUGAAUGGAAUCGUUUAAGUAAACGACGUGACAUUAUUUUAAAAUAUGUACAAUAUCAGGAUGAUCCUCAAAAUACGGUAGCAAUUCAUGUCACCCCUGAAGCGGCGACAUUCGUUGAUGUACAAGAGUUGUGCUCAAUUAACACCGAUGAUAUUAACUUGGCUUUUAUCCCUACAUGGCGCAAUGUUAAUCCUUAUUGUGAUCUACAUCAGACAAUUUGCUCAAUGUAUCCUAAUGCUAUUGAUUUACGUUGCCGGAAUUCAAAGUUAAUUUGCUGCUUGAAAUCACUUCUUAGUGAAAUACGACCAUUAAGCUAUUCAUAGGAUCUCAUAAAUCUUUAGAUCCAUAACAAUUUGGUUUUUUUUUUUUCUUCAAUAAUAUUAAAUUAUUAA